CACCAUGUGCACCGGAGGCACAUCAGUGGGUGCCCAAACCGACCUCACCCAGUGCACCCUUUAUUGGCCACAGAGCCCGUGAAAACAGGCUCCAGACACACCCUGUGCCUCCAGAGAGGGGACUGUGGUUCUGCUGCAGGCUUUGAGGGGAGCCCCGUGGAGCCCAGGCUGGGGUCUGGAAAUAAGGGGGAGAACAAAGGCUCCCCACUAGGGAAGAGGGGCAGCCACGCCCAGGGCCACACCCCAAGGCGGUCAGUAUUUAGGGCGCCGCCCAGGUACCCCUCACCUGUCGGGCUCCAGCAGGCACCUGGCCUCCUUCCCCGCCCCACCCGUCCGCGGUGCCCCGAGGCUGAAGCCCGGCAUGAGUGGGGCUCCAGCCGCAAAGUCGGUGACCGCGGGCCAGACUGGGCUGCAUUGCCCGAUCUGCCGCUCGAGGCAGGCUGGGGCGGGGUCGCAAGGGGUCGUCGCCACAGCCCGGGCGCCAGAGCCAGCCAGCCCGCCUUACCUGCGCUGCGGCCGCUGCUCGGGCUCCCCGCCCAGUCUCCGUGCACGCCGGCCUCGGACCCGCCGCCCGAGCACUGGGGCAGGAGCACCUCCCCAGCGACCCCUCCUAGGCUCAUGGCCAUGACCUCCCAGGGGAGACGAGAUCGAGGGGGGGCAAGAAUUCCAGAGCCAGCCAGCUGGCUGCAGCCUCAAGGCAAGGAAGGCCUAGAGCCCAGAUGGCAGAUUGCAGCCUUGGUGGCCACGGACGGAGGCUCUGUUGUUACCCUCGCUUUCCAAGUGACGGGCCUCAUUGCGUAG